ACUAACACGAGACAGACGGAGGCCACGAGUGACGACAGUUUUCCCUCGUUGCAGCCGUCCUCUGGUUCAUCGACCUCGAGCCCAACUCCCCGAAAUGCACAAACUAUAAGAACCGGCUCGAGCACGCCUCCAAGCACCAAGCACGGCGAGGUUGAGUUUCACAGUUACCGUCGGCGCAGGCGAGAGACGUCCUCCGGGGAUCAAGAUGGCUGAAAAUGCGGGCGGGGGACAGAACCUGGCGGUGCUGGACGCGCUGGACUCGGCGCGCACCCAGAUGUACCACAUGAAGGCCAUCGUGAUCGCCGGCAUGGGCUUCUUCACCGACGCCUACGACCUCUUCUGCAUCACCACCGUCUCCAAGCUGCUGGGCCGCAUCUACUACCCGGAUGUCAACGCCGGCAGUGGCAAGCCCGGCACGCUGCCCCUCAACAUCAACAACGCGGUCGUCGGCGUCGCGCUCGUCGGCACCCUCAUGGGCCAGCUCGUCUUCGGCUACUUCGGGGAUAAGCUCGGCCGCAAGCGCGUCUACGGCAUCACGCUGGUCCUCAUGGCCGCCUGCGCCAUCGGCUCGGGCCUCUCCUUCGGGUCCACGCAUAGAUCCGUCAUCGGCACGCUCUGCUUCUUCCGCUUCCUGCUCGGCUUCGGAAUCGGCGGGGACUACCCGCUGUCGGCAACCAUCAUGUCCGAGUACGCCAACAAGAAGACCCGCGGCGCGUUCAUUGCCGCCGUGUUCGCGAUGCAGGGUGUGGGCAUCAUCUUCGCGGGGCUCGUCUCCAUGAUCGUCUCAGGCAUUCUCCUCCACUACCACCCUGCGCCGUCGUACAAGGAGAACCCUGGGCUGUCGGCCCAGCUGCCGGCGGCGGACUACAUGUGGCGCAUCGUGCUCAUGCUCGGGGCGUUACCGGCGCUGGCGACCUUCUACUGGAGGAUGAAGAUGCCGGAAACAGCGAGGUACACGGCGAUCAUCGAGGGAAACGCGAAGCAGGCCUCCAAUGACAUGCAGAAGGUGCUGGAGAUCACGAUCGACGACGAGCAGGAAAAGCUCGCCAAGUUCAGGGCGGCCAACGAGUACUCGUUGCUGUCCAAGGAGUUCGCGAAACGCCACGGACUGCAUCUCCUCGGCACCACCACCACGUGGUUCCUCCUCGACGUAGCCUUCUACAGCCAGAACCUGACGCAGAAAGACAUUUUCCCAGCCAUCAACCUCACCGGCCCCCCAGAGUCCAUGAACGCCCUGAGAGAGGUGUUCGUCCUAUCACGGGCCAUGUUCCUCAUCGCCCUCUUCGGCACUUUCCCUGGCUACUGGGUUACCGUAACCCUCAUCGACAAGAUGGGAAGGUACCUGAUCCAGCUCCUUGGCUUCUUCAUGAUGUCCCUGUUCAUGCUGGUGAUGGGCAUCAAGUACGAAUACCUCAAGGAGAGCAACCACAUCCUCUUCGCCGUCCUGUACGCGCUCACUUUCUUCUUUGCGAACUUCGGGCCCAACAGCACCACCUUCGUGCUGCCGGCCGAGCUGUUCCCCACGCGCGUGCGCUCCACAUGCCACGCCAUCAGCGCCGCGUCGGGCAAGGCCGGCGCCAUCGUCGCCGCCUUCGGGGUCCAGAGGCUCACUCUCAAGGGCGACGCCAAGCACAUGGCAGAGGCGCUCAUCAUCCUCUCCGUCACCAACAUGCUCGGCUUCUUCUUCACCUUCCUCGUCCCGGAGACCAUGGGCCGGUCGCUCGAAGAGAUCUCCGGCGAGGACGGCAACAACGGCGUCGGCCCCAGCACCAACACCACCACCGCCGGCAUAGGCCUCGCGGACGUCAGCAAGGAUGACAGGUACCCUCAUUCAAGCACCGAAUGGCAGCCACCAUCGAUGCAGGCAUGAGAUUUCGCGCUAUCUUUAAUUUGUACUCCAUCAGAGAAGUGGAAAUGGGGACAAGAAUAACGGCGACCAGCUACUGAGGUUGCCAUUUAGGUAGCUUGGGAGUUUGGUAUAUGUACGUACGCGAAUCUAGCACUAUUGUGUUUGUUAAGUUUAUUGUGGAUUUUCAGUGUAAAUGCGUGAAGAGUGAGCGAGAGACAUGCAAAUGCUGCCAUUUCCCUUCCCGAUCAUCACUAUGUAAUGCUGCUUAUAAUC